AUGAUGGCGCGUGCCAACCCCUCGACUGCUGCCGACAUGGCCAAGGUUGAGGACCCGCAACAGCAGUGCAAGCCCUACGGUCUUCCCAACAGCCAGGACCUCGCCAAGACGUACCCCAAGGCUGGCCAAAUCGCCGACAUUGUUACCGGUGAUGACACCGCUGGUAAGGUGUACAAGGAGAUCCUUGACUCUGGUCUCCUCCCCAAGAACCUCCAGCCGAAGAAGGGUACCUCGGACAACAUGGGAAUCGACCAGGGUGCCUCGGACUCGUACAACACCCAGCAGGACACUGACUGCUGGUGGACUGCUACUGGUUGCACCCAGCCCAAGAACAAGAAGUACGUUGACGACAUUGUCAGCUGCCCUGAGCCGAACACUUGGGGUUUGACCUUUGACGACGGUCCCAACUGCUCGCACAAUGCCUUCUACGACUACCUGAAGCAGCAGAAGCUCAAGGCUACUCUGUUCUACAUUGGUACCAACGUCGUUGACUGGCCCCUGCAGGCUCAGCGUGGUCUUAGCGAUGGUCACGAUGUCUGUGUGCAUACUUGGUCGCACCACUACAUGACCACGCUCACCACUACCCAGGUGUUUGCUGAGCUGUACUACACUAUGCGCAUCAUCAAGGAUGUCAUUGGCGUUACUCCGCGCUGCUGGCGCCCUCCUUUCGGUGAUGUCGAUGACCGUGUCCGUGCUGUUGCCCAGGGUCUUGGUCUGCGCACCAUUAUCUGGGACAACGACACGGAUGACUGGAACAUCAGCCCUGACGGCCAGGCGAGCACCCAGCAGAUCGACUCGAACUACCAGAACAUCAUUAAGCAGGGCAAGAACGGCACGACCAAUGACCAUGGUGUGGUUGUGCUCACGCACGAGCUUACGAACAACACGAUGGGCGAGUUCAUCAAGAUGUUCCCCAAGAUUAAGUCUGCGUACAAGAACAUCGUGCCGCUUUCGGCCUGCUUCAACGCGACGAACCCUUACGUGGAGAACCAGCCGACGUACAACAACUUUGCCGACUUCACCAGUGGCAAGAUUGACGCCAAGAAUCUCCCUGACCCUAGCAACAUGAAGGUCAACGUGAACUCGAGCAUUACGAUCACGCCCGAGAAGAACCAGACCAAGGCUGGCGGUUUCUCGGCUGCGUCGGUGAAGCAGGCUGCCAACGGUGGCUCGUCGAGCAACAGCAACUCGGGUAGCUCGAACAGCUCGAGCAGCGGUGGUAGCGGUGGCAGCAGUGGCAGCAGCGACUCCUCGGACGACAGCCAGAACAAGGCCCAGAGCGGUAACGGUGCUGCCUCGGUCCGGGUCCCCAUCCUCGCCACUCUUAUGGCUACUGGUCUCAUUGCCGUUACUCUGUCGGCCUAA